AUGAAGAAACGCCAAGUGAAGCCAUCCACCCUUAAGAAAUUUGUAGAGAACAGCUUUGAACCAACGAAAGUAGUUAAGAAAGGUUUAAAAGUGAAGAAGACCGUAGUAGAAAUCAAAACAGUACUCUGCCCCGAGGAUUGUAUAUUCUGUCAAGAGAAGUGUGAGUCAGUUGAACAAGUUUUGAGUCAUAUGUACGAGCAACAUUCAUUCUUUUUGACCAAUCCUGAAUAUAUAACUGACAUGACUGGUCUAUUGAUGAAAUUGCAAAGUCUUGUGUGUCAAGACAGAAUGUGUUUGUGGUGUUAUAAAGACACCGAGUUGUCGAGUUACAAAGAUAUUCAAAAACACAUGAAGGAUAAGUCACACUGUAAAUACCACGACGAAGACGAAUUCUAUGAGAAAUAUUAUUACUUUCCACCCGUGGAGAAGACGGUGGAUAUUGUGGAUAUGGAUGAAACACACUUGGAACUGUCUGAUGGGAAGAUAAUAGGACAUCGAUCACUUGCAUUGUAUUAUAAACAAAACAUUAAGCCGGUUGACUGUAGAGAGUGUGUGGUAUACUCAAAGAGAGAGCCUUAUAUCGGCGGAAGAUAUAAAACAACAACAAAUGAAUUAGCCAUCCGAUGUGAUCAAGCACUGGUCAAGAAGCAAACAACACAAUUGUUGAAUAUAAAAGAGAAGAAGUUUGUAAAACAAAAAGAAAAGGAAUUCUUCUCUACAAACUCAACCAAAAACGCAAAGCCACUUAGAAAGGGUGCAAUGACCAUCAGAAACAUUCAACAAAGAGCUCCCACAAAAUAG